AUGAGGAAGUGCAAAUCAACGGUCAAGGAAGUGCAGAAGCAAGAUGAGGAGGUCAUGGCAGUUAUAGAGUCCUGCUAUUCUCUUGCUACGUUCGAAAUGCCAUUACACUGUCCGAGGUACAAGAAAGCAGACUACGAGAAGAUGGAGGAGUGGAAGGUGGACGUGCUUCUCAGAGAGAGAGAAUAUGGGCUCAAUCUCAAGGGAAGCCUAGAGGAGAAGAGGAAGUUUGCCAUGGGAACUUUCUUGUGGCCUGAUCAACUCUGA